UCUUGUAAGGAAAAGAGAACUGCAUGCUGAAGGACACAGUUCCCAUGUACAGGAAGCAACUGCCAUGCCUGUGGGAAUCUUCCGGGUGUGCCUCGUGGUGAUCACAGCUAUUGUCAACCACCCGCUGCUCUUCCCUAAAGAGAAUGGCACUGUUCCCGAGAACGCGGAGGAAAUCAUCCAGAAGAUGAAGGAGCGGGAGCAGAGCCUUCGGCUGCAGCAGUUGCGCUUGGAGCAGGAAAUCGCAGAUCAAGAAGCCAGAGAGAAGACCGUGGAAAAGGCUGCAGAGGUGGUGGAGGAAAGCACAGAGGAAAAGUUCCGAUGGGAUAUGUGGACUGCCCUUUCCAUGGUUAUCUUCCUGCUGAUUGAGCUCUGGAGGCAGGACUUCCAGGAAGGAAAUUGGCAGGACACAGGAGGAGAAGAAGAUGACAUGGCUGUCCUGGGGAAAGCAUUUAAAGGAGUGGCCUUCCCUGACAAGGCUGUCUUGGCCAGCUUCUAUGAGAAGCGCAUCCUGGCUACCACCGGAGACAUGGCCAGGAUGCGGGAGAUGGUGGAAGGCUUUGCAGAUGACCUGCUGGAGGCCUUAAGGAGUGUUUGUAACCGGGAUGCUGACAUGGAAGUGGAGGACUGCAUGGGUGUGGGGAGCAUGUAUGAGAACUGGAGAGUGCGCAAACCUUUCGUCUGUGAUCUGAUAGUGCCUUUUGCCCCCCCAGAGCCAUACUGUUUCCGGUCCCAGACCUGGUGCUCUGGCGACUCUUUUCCUCCAGAUGAACAAGGUUAUGGUACUAUCAAGGUGUGCAGGGCAGAUGAGGAUGUGGCAGGUUGCAUAUGUGACAAGACUAAACUAGGGGAAGAUAUGCUGUGCCUCCUUCAUAGCCAAGCCAGUACUACCAGGCCCGGCAGUGAGAUGGAAGACCUCCUGUGCUUCAAAAAUACUCAGUAUCUGGAUGCUGACCAAGUCAUGAAGUGGUUCCAGAUUGCAGUUACCAAGGCCUGGAACAGAAUCUCCCACAAGUAUGAAUUUGACCUCUCCUUCAGCCUCCUGGACUUGCCAGGAGCCCUGAAGAUCAAAUUUAGAUCGGGAAAAUCAAUUGCCUUCAACCUCACCCCUGUGGUGCAGUACGAGAACUCUGAUGUUUACUUCAUCUCUCAUUUCCCUCGGAGUGGCCUGGCAGCAGACCUUCCCUCCAGCACUCACUGGUUUCUCACUUUCGCAGUGUAUGAGAGGAGGUUCAUCCAGCUGAUCUCCAAAACGCUGCCUGCCAAUGCCUGCCACGUCAGCUGCCUUCAAAUCCUCUCCUUCCUCCAUGGGAAGCAGUGCAGCCUCACAGGUCCAAGUGGACUCACCAACUACCACCUGAAGACAGUGAUGCUGCACCUCCUGCAGGCAUGUCCCAGUCAGGACUGGGCCCCAGAGAAGUUGGAGGCCCGUCUACAGGACAUGCUGAAAUUUCUGGAGAAAUGUUUGCAUGAAAAGAAGCUCUACCACUUUUUCAUUGGCAAUGGGAGGGUACCAGCAGAGCUGGGCUUCCCCAUCAUAUUCCAGAGGGCUGAGCCUCUCAACCUUUUCCGUCCCUUCGUGCUGCACAGGGAUGUUUACAGGAAAACAGUGGACACAUUCCAUGAGAUGCUCAGGAACAUGUCUGCACUGAUAAAUGAGUACACGGUGCACAUUCCUCAUGCACACACCAAUGGGAUCCAUAAGGAAUCCUUUUAACCAAGGCUGGCAGAAAACACCCGUUCCUCUAUGCACAAGUCCGCAAGGCAGCUUUUUGAAGCUUCCUGGAGACAACUGACUCUGCCAGUACAACUUCUUGUCUGUAGCUGAACUGGUCCUAGGCCAUGGUUUCUUCAGUAGGGGAGAGGGGAUGGAGGAGGAUAGGGGGGAGAAACUGGAAGGUGUGGUAUAAAAGUGAGUUUCUGCUCCACUGGUGUGCUGGCUGGGGUUUAUACAGCUAAGAAUAUAUUUUUCUAUUGUGCCUCAGUCACACUACAGUGGUGGUGAGCAACAAAUACAACUAAUUUAUUCAAAUGCCUGCAAUGCAAGCGCUGGUGGUGGCCAUAUAAUUAAUUUCCUUUGGAAAGGGGAGGUAAGAAAAGGGUGGAGGAAUCAAAAAGAGGAUCUUAGGAUUCCAGGGGCCUGUCUGCUUGCAGACAGCAGAAGCUCUGUGACCAAUGCAAAGCACAAUGUAAGACUCGGUGCUGAUGUGGGGAAUGGGAGGGUCAUGCACAAGAUCUGGACUGGAUGGAGAUCCUUAAAUCAACCACAGCUCUUUAAUAAAAGGGAACUAGUUAUCUUUAAAAAGCCUUCUUGACAGGACUUGUAGCAAUAAUUUAAAUGGCCUGUCCUGUCCUGCAGAAACACCUAUGUACUCUGCACAUUCUUCUCCUUGAGGAGAUUGUAGCAGAGCAGGCAGCUGCUGGUCUGUCUUCAGACCAUUUCAUUCUAGUCUUCAAUUUUUAUCACGGUAACAUGGCUAAUGGAUAAAUGGACAGGAACCUUUUUACCUUAGAUAAAACAGAGAAACACCAUUAUUAGCUUCUGGCAUUUUUGUUGAUUUGUUUGUUUUCCUUGCCUCAGGGCAGCAAGGCUGAGAAUGACCAAGAGAGAAAGGACUACUAUGGGUUUUGCUUUCCUAAAAGAAGCAGUUCUCCAAAAUUAGUUUGUAAGGAAGCCAAUCUCAGCAGUCUGGUAACAGGAGGGAACAAUCACCUUCCAAAUGAGAGUGUGACUCUCCCAGCAUGGUUUUGAUGAGGCCAAGGCCUGCAGGAUGGCUCUGAGCUAGAGCCAUCCUGCUAGGUGGUACACAGGGUUAGAGAUGCACAUGUAGCAGGGCUUGACAGCACUGUCUCUGCAGCUGCACAUCCCUGUAACAUGCCCCUUCUGCUCCCAGAUACUCAAGCAAAAGCUACCUGUUUGCCUCUAUAUAGUGUCUCAUCAAUCCUUUUGAAGACUGCUGCUCUGAUGAGGCUCAGAGGAGCUGCUACUAGCAGACUGUAAUUUGCUGAGUCAGGAAAGUGGGAAAGUGAUGGGGAAAUGACAGCUUCUGCAGGCUUAAAAGCCAGGGGACAAUCUCAAGGCAUGUGCUAAAAACCCUAAUGCAGAAAUGAUGCCCAAAGUCCCUCAGGAAUCAGGGUGUUAGUGCCAUUCUAGUGGACUGCUCAGCCCUGGUGAGGUGACUUUGUUGGAGGAGAGUGUUCAUCAGUUCCUCACCAUCUUUCAUGUGCUUCCUACAGGAUCCAAGCUAAGGCCUCAGUUCAUACCUGCUUUGUGCUGGUCAUGGGAGCCUGGCCUCCAGUGCUCAGGAGCCUUUCCUGCCAUAUUCCUAGACUAGAAUUUCCUGCAGUGUUUUACACUAGGGCUUCUUUGAAUCCUGCUUACAAGAGGGUAGUUGUUCUGGGUGGUGAGACCCAUCAGGGAUGAUAUUACCAUGACAGGUCCCUUUAUAUCAAUCAUCUUUCACAUGCAGCAGAGAGAAAAAUUAAUCCUGUAUCACUUCUAGGGACAGCAUUCAGCACGGAGCUUAUCACCCAGCCUAUUGAUAAGCAGACUCUCCACAGAUGUCUCAUAUCCUCCUGCUUCCUGGUAAAAACCAUUUCACUAUCUCCUUGAUGCCUGCUCUUGUCUGUCCUCUCCACCAGUGAGGGGCAUUUCAUGCACAAACAGAAAGUUGUAACUCCCACACUUGGUUUUUAAGCAAACACAGGUGGGGACAGGGAUCUCUGCUCAAACCACUUAGCUUUUAUCAUCACAGCUGUAGGGUGGUUAAGGAAUAUUUCUGAGCAGAAAGUAAGGGAUAGGAAAUGAGAUGGGAGAGAGAAGGCUGGUGGGUAUUGCCCUGCAGUAGGAGAGAGUCUUGGAUCAUCUGUGCUUGCUUCAGCACUCUUGGCAGUGAAUGCCUGGGAGACUGCCAGUGCUGGCAGAGCAACAGGACAAGACUAAUUGCUAACGCUACAGAGUGCUGUAAGCGCCUGGCUUUCGUUAGCUCAACCAAGCAAGCCUUCCCCAGUAGGAAAGAGGGCAGGCAUGAUCUCAGGGGACAUGACAAGCAGGUAGUGACAAGUUGAGGUGCAGAGAGUAAGUGAAUAUGGGAGUCUGGAGGCUACAUUGGAAGCUGUGUAAGUUGUUUGCAAACCCAAGCAAUUUGCCAUUCUUACAUGCCCAGGUUUCCUGCACAGCCCCUGUAGCAGAUCCAGCUUUGCAUGUGUUGCUGGCAGGCAGGUCACGCUAAGCAGUUGUGGCUGGAGCCGCUUCUAAAUGUGUGCCCAGCCCAGCCAGAGAGAAAUAAAAAUUUCUCUGCUGUUUCCUGUCAAGAGUCUAAAUUUAGACUUUCCAAAGAACAGAAACAAAUUUGUGACCCAGGUCUCUCAGGAAAUGACGUUCAGGGUUGAAAAAUAGCUUUUAUGUAAAGUUGAGCAGGGAGAGGAUGAGAAGAAAAGGCUGUUGAACAGAAGAAGGUAACUCCCCUAUUGAAAUGUCAGAACAAAGGUUGGUAACACCAGUCUUACGGGCUGGUAAGCAUGCCUGAACUCGUCUUUACACAGCUCUAAGCACUGCUGCUCAGAUUCAAAGGGAACCUAAACUGAUAAGUGAAUUGAAUCUUUUGUUGGUGUGCCUAUUCUCUCUCUUAAACCCAAAGUGACCCUGAAGCAUUCCCAUGGGGUUUAGCUGAACCCAAGCUGGAGCUGAACCAAGGAAUUUAGGUAUUUGAUUCCCCUGAAAGCAAAUUGCUUGGCUUAAUUUUCCUUCCAAUAUGCUCAUUUUGCCCUGAGCACCUUUUAAGCAUCUGUUCUGUGCAUUUAGGCUAUGAGGGAACCCACUCAUACCUGUCCAGGUGGAGAAGUGCUCUGUGAUAAGCUCUGUUCCAGUAAGCCUCAGGGCAGAGAUCUUCUUUGCAAGCCAUAUACCAGUAUAUGUACUAGAGAUAUGUAUCUGUCCCAUCAGAGGAGGUGUGGGGUACACAGCAUGACUCUGACUCAGACCUCUGCAGUGGUACAAGGAGGGCACAUCAUUCCUUGUCUUUCCUGUGCUAAAUCUUUGCUCACUAAGUACUAGCUCUGUCAAGAAAAGGCUGCACUCACAUUUCAUAAAAAAUGUUUGUAAGACAGUUUAGGUCCAUUAGCUGUCAGCCAGUAAAAAUGUCCUAAGAUGUUUUAGUGCUGCCCAUGUUUAGCUUUGCCUCGACUGAAAUCUGGCUGGCCAUUCAUAGGAAGCAGCUUUAAAGGGGUGGAAGUAGUAGUUUGUGGUUUAAAGUGAAUAAUGUUCUUUUGGAACCAAACAGCGUAUGGCACACGUGUGACAGACACACAACUUCUCUUUGGCGGUGCCUGCAUCUCUGAGAGCACCUACGGAAGGGUAAACAGCCUGCCCUGAACUACUUUCUUGUGUCUCAGUGCUGCUCUUGCCAUUGGUAACCAGGUGAAUUUAACAGAUGAACUCCUGUUGCCUUCUGCUGAUUCCCAACCACUCCCUCCACCCUCCACUGGUGGUUUUAAUAUUUUAUUACAGGCUCUGUCGAAGCAAUGGAAUUAGUGAUGGCUUGAUAUCAGCCACUGAUCUACAGCAUAGCCUCAGGAACUACUUACCUUUAGGAAAUGUCUGGGUCUAAGGUUAUUAGUGCUGUUCAGGAGCUGAAUGUCUUCUAAAGAGAGCUGUUGGGAAUUCAGUCUUUAGUAUGUGACAACCUGGCUUAGCUCUCUGAAUUGCUCUCUAUACAAGUCUUACAGGGGGUAUAAAGAUGUAUUUUAACAAAAGGAUCCAAAAUUUUAUCCAAUAUUCAAGCACCAGGAUUUGCUGCUUGUCCACCAGAUGCUUUUAAUGCAAAGUCUUUGCAACAUUUUCUCUGUGGUGAAGAAGUAAGAUUUCACCCUGUAGCAGCUUAGCUGCUGGUGGUUGAGGGGUUAGCUCUUACAGGAUCCUAGACAGUACACAGCUUUAUUUAUUACUUGUCUUUUUUGGGGUUUGGUUUUGUUUUUUUUUAAGGGGCGGGGGGUGUGUGUGUGUAAUAUGUUAGCUCAGAAGCAAAACUGUAGUAUGAAGAUCAAUCUUGGCAAUGCAACUGAGAUGGGCAAUAACACCAGAACUCUCCAUACAAAGGUCUUCCCUGUUGGACAAUGCUGUACUCAAACUGCUGCUUUUAUAGCAGGACACUGUUGAAUUUGUAUAGAUCUGUUCAUGCAGCUUUAUUUAU